AUGGAUAUGGCCGUCAUCAAGGUGGAGUCUGUUGCUGAUGAGAAAAUUGACACAAGUGCGAAAGACUUUGAGGACAUUGAGGUUGAUAUUCUGAGUUUGACGAACAAGGUUGAUGUCGGGUCUAACAAAACUGAGGACCCUGAUGCAACUGACCCUGAUGCGACAGAGUAUUCGAGUUCGUUUUCUGAUACCAACUCUGAUGGGGAAAAUAGUUCAAGGCCGAGUGAUGCUGAAGGGGAUUCCGAGUUCUUUGGUGAGAAUGGAGUGGCAGGCCCUAGGGAUACUGCUCGUCCAGGGUUCCGACCAAGGAAGAGGAAGUUGACAGAUCAUUGGAGGAGCUAUAUCCGACCUCUAAUGUGGCGUCUAAAGUGGACAGAGAUAAGACUCAAGCAAUUUGAGUCCCAAACAUUAAAGUACACUAGACAACUUCAAGAGUGUAACAAGGGAAAGCAUAGGGUACCGGAUGGUUUUAACUUGGUAGAGUCUGGUUCGAAGUCGGUGCCAUUUACAACUCACGAGUACAGAAGUAAGGCUAGAAGGAGAAGAAACCGAAAGAAAGUUGAGAAAUCAACUGACCUAGCAUCGUAUACAGCGCAUCACUAUCUUUUCUCAUAUCUUGAGAGUAAGAAGACUGAUCGUGAGAGUUCUUUGGAUGACGAUUUUGAGAAUCCAGUGAUUGCAGAGCCUCAUGCUGAUUCAACAGAAAAGCGUGAAGAUCGGCCUUUGCUUAAAUGCACCAGCGCUGAUGUUUCCUAUGAGCAGCUCCUUUGGAACAUCGACAAUCUGCAUAAUAGGGUCCGCGCACUGAAGAGUGGUGUCAAUGCAAUCACGUCCAGAAAUGCUUCAAAGUUUUCUGGAUCAGAGAACUUUAGCCUUGUUCCUUAUGGUGGUGAAGUGCAGACUAGCUCUGCUCAAUCUCCUACCAAUUCUGUAGGGAAUGGCUAUACAGCAUCUGUUGGAGAAGGUGCCUUUAAUUCUUCUCAGAAUGCAGCUGAUGAAUAUGACUUUGGAGACUUUGUCUUUCCUGACAGUGCUGUUUCAAGCUUUGGAGAAGCUUCGAACAUUCCUGAUAUCAUCGAGAGCACUGUUGGCUCGUUGGCUGCUGCUGAGGUCACCCUCCAAUCGGCCCUGGUCGCUGAAUCGGGGGAACAUAUGGUGGAGAAUAAAGAUGUCUUGCUGCAGAGUGCAACUCACCAUCCCAUGAAGCUUGUGGAUGUUAAAACUGAAGUUGAAGCUGACGGCCCCACUGAGAAGCUUCCUGAGAAGCUCAAGGAGAUCAAAGUUGAAGUGGGCGAAGGUUCGCAGUCUGCUUCAAUUCCCGUAUCAGAUGUUAACAUAGCAGCAGCAACAGCUUGUGCAUCUCAAGAGCAACAUGCUCUACAGAACAAUAAGGAUGCCAGUAUCCCCAUAAGUAAAAAGAAGCGCGGGGAACGCAAGGCUGGUUCAGGUGGGUGGAACAAGUAG